CCUACGUGACUGUUAUAACAUCCGCCGGUUGCUGAGGGAUUCGCCGCCACUCCGAUUUCCAAAAUUAUUUCCUGGUACAAUUAUCCUUACGUUUGAUGUGACCCCUCCUUAAAAAUGACGACUUUUAAUAGGAUUUUCGUGUUGGUCAGACAGUACUUUCUUUUAUUUCUUGAUUGGUUUUGCCAGACUUUCCUAGGCAGGCGACUCAUCCCGCUUACCGAGGAGAGUCUGUUAAAAAAAUUCCCUCCAGAAGACCGUCGUCUCUUGCUGUCGGAAACUCUAACUCGUCGCUGGUGGUACGAAGGAUUCACCAUACUUUUGAAAUGUUUUCGUGAAGAUGAGACGUGUACCUUGGCUGGGAGGCAGGUUAUUGAAACAAGAUGGACAGAGAUUCUCCGAAAUCGCUUGGCAAUAUCAAAGCGCUUGGCAUCUGUUGACUUGACCAAGUGCCCAAUCACAAAACCAAUCUUCAUCAUUGGAUCAGCACGAACUGGUUCCACAUAUUUGCAAGCCCUUCUGAACCAGGACCCACGAAAUACCUCUCCGUACUACUAUGAAGUGAUGUGCCCCGUUAUAGAGGGCAGCACCAGUAAGCUAGGACACGAGGAUCUACGUACUCGAACAUACGAACGCCAACUAGCCUCCGUGUACCGGAACCUCCCCUCUCUGAAGGCAGCACACAACAUCAACCUCCAGGGACCAUAUGAAUGCUUUCGUUUGCUUGACAACACGGGCAUUUUCAAAUCAUACUUCGUUUUUACCAGAAAUAACAGCGGUUACUUGGACUGGGUCUUGGCAAGGACCAAAGACGAAAUGGCGGAGAUGUAUCAACUGCACAAGAAACAGCUUCAGUUGAUAUUUCUCAGCAGGGAUUCAGACUCAACCCCCGAAAACAGCCGCGUGAUUCUGAAAGAUUCCCUUCACAGCGUAUACCUAGAGGCCAUAUUGGAUGCUUACCCUGAUGCUGUCUUCAUCCACACGUACCGAGAUCCGGUGGCAGUCAUGGCGUCCAGCUGCUCUGUCGUUGAAGCUUUCAGAGAGAGUUACGGUUAUGGUUCUACUGCAAUUGACAGGAAAGCGUUGGGGAAGGAGUUACUCUACUUCCCUUGGGGCCACGGCGGAAAAGAAAUAUUGAAGUUCAGAAAGGAUCACCCCGAGGAAGAGCACCGGUUUAUUGACAUAGCCUAUGCCGAACUGGUAGCGUCACCAAUGGAUAUUGUAAAGCGGAUAUACGGGCACUUUGGCCUGAAUUUAACCAAUCACGGGAGAGAGAGAAUGAAGAGAUACGUCCAGGAAAACCCGCAAAACAAACAUGGCCGCCACAAAUAUGAUUUAAGUAAAUAUGGCCUUACGAAAGAUGAAGUAUACGAGCAUUUUAAAGAAUACAUCCAGUAUUUUAACAUACAGUGUUGAUUUUGGACAUUUUAAUGAAAUGUUUGCAUAUAUGUACA